CAUACAUAGCACCUACAACUUACAAGUCGAAUACUUGUAUUUAAUUGUAUGCUCAUAAGAAAUAUACUAGCAGCUGCACCUUCGCUUUGUGCGCUUAUCGGUGUAAGGACGGCUUCAAGUUCUUUCAUAACCAUGGCUAGUGACCCGAAGAAACUUAGCCAGCUCCAGCUACCACAGAGAUCGCAUUUAAAACUGCCCAAGGAUGUAGUUAAGGAAAAGGAGGUGCUGGUGUUUGGUGAUAUCCACGGAUGUUUUGACGAGCUUCAAGAACUUCUACACAAACGCAAGUACUCACCAAGCACGCAUGUGGUGCUGAGUGUGGGGGAUAUGGUCAAUAAAGGUCCUAAAUCGUUAGAUGUCUUGAACUGGUUCUACGAGAAUCGAGAGAACGGCGUGUACACCGUACGAGGGAAUCAUGACGAUAGUAUGCUGGUGACCCUCGACAAGUUGAAGGAGGGAGGAAAUGACGAUAUCGUCAAGCCUUCAUACUCGUACAUAAACGAUAUCACAACUGAGGUACAUAAUUGGGCGACACGGCUACCAUACACGAUAGAAAUAGGCGAUCUCCUCAUCGUCCACGCUGGAAUUGUACCGAAGUUAGACAUGGACCAACAGACACCUUUUGACAUGACGCGAAUGAGAUUCGUAACUGACACCCCGGAAGGAAAGUAUGAGCCCCUACAACGGUUCGCAGAGGGUGCAGUACAAUGGGCGACAACCUGGCCUGGCCCUCAGCUGAUUGUAUUCGGACAUGACGCCAAGCAGGGGUUACAAGAGGAACCCUUUGCACUCGGCUUAGAUACUGGCUGUUGUUACGGAAAGCGCUUGACAUGUGCGGUGUUUGAGAGCACAAAUAUAAUCGGCAAACCCAAAGAAGAUUGGUAUCGGCUAGUCCACGUGAAAGCACAUGCGGUAUACGAGGAGCCCGGAACUAAACCUCCAAAGGGUAGCGAGCCAACUGAAGCUGAAACUAAUCCUAAUUCGUGCCCGAUUUUGUAGGCGUUCUUUCAGUCGGUAUAGGAUCGAAUGGGAAAAUUCUUUGUCUUACCAGGGGUUUAGAAACGGGGAAGUAGCGUGUUUGUAUUGCUACGAAUAGUGGCUCUAUAAACUAACCAGAGGAUUACUUCCGCUUAGUCACAGAAUUCUGCGAGGUGUAUAUUACCUUAUGGCACUUGCGGAUGUAAUAUCCACAGUGAAGUGAUCUUGUGGCCCCACUUCUACAGAUCUGGCAGUUUUUGAAUUCGUGACAGAUCUCGUGGCAUGCUGCCAUUUGGUCGUCUGAGUAUGUGUGACCAUUCUCUCACCAAUAGAAGGUGCUAUAUCAUUCUGCAAUGUAUGAUAUACACACAGCAAUCUGGCGUUUGCUCGACAGCUAGCUACGGCCGUAGUCUAAUCCUGUUAUACCUCUACUAAAUAUAACAUAAUCCACUAAACAUGUUUCAAAAAUAAUAAUCGCAUAUUGGGUGCUACCACUAUAGCGCCGUCGAUUGCCAAGAUCAGAC